GUCCCCCGGCGGGGCCUGUCCCCUCCGCCCGGCCGUCUGUCUAGCUCGUCGUCUCACCAUAAAACCACGCCACACCCUUGCCGGCUUCCUGCACACAAAGUCAUCACAAGCUCAACGUCGAUCACUAUUGAGGAAGCUAGCUAGGUAGCCAGGCAUCCGCCAUGGCCGCGCCGCAUGGCACCAUGCUCGGGGGCGCCGACUCGUUCCCGCAGCUCCCGCUCGUCGUCCGCCCCGCCGCUCUGCCUCCGGCCGACGCCACCAUCCGCCUCUUCGGCUGCGACUUCUCCAACGACGCCGCCGCUGCCGGCGACCAGCGGCCCCCCAAGUCGGAGGCCGGGGAGGGGGAGACCCGCAAGUUCGAGUGCCACUACUGCUGCCGCAACUUCCCGACGUCGCAGGCGCUCGGGGGGCACCAGAACGCGCACAAGCGGGAGCGGCAGCACGCGCGCCGGGCGCACCUCGAGGCCUCCCUCGCCGCCGCCUACCUCCCGGCCGGCGCGCACGUCUACGGCGCCCUGUUCGGCGGCUACGGCCACCACCAGGCCGCUCCGAUGCCGCCGCCGCAGUACCCGGUGUGGCCGGGGAUGUACGGCGGCGUGGCGCGGUCCGCGGCGUACGGCGGCAUGCCCGUGCCGGGGAUGGUAUGGAGGCCGACGCCAGUAGGGACCGGUGCUUUUGGUGCCGGCGGCCGGCACGAUGAAGCGACGGCGGGGGCGGCUGCUGGGACCGGAGACGUGGCCGGUAAGGAUGGGAACAAUGCGGUGAUGAGCGUGGUGACGACGCUGCCGUCGUGCCUCACCGGCGGCUCGCCAGCGGAGAUCGGUAGGUCCGAAAUGAUGGGGCAGAAGGAGGGCGUUGUAAGCUUGGACCUCUGCCUGUAGUCGGUUGCAAUUGUCGAUCUAGGUGGUAUCUUUACCUUAAUUGUUCAGGUCAAUCACCCUGUUUAGUCUUAUAUAAUUACUGUCAUUAUCUGUAAUCGAGGGCGUUCAUUUGUUUUUAAAAUUAGAAUGCAAAUUAAGUUGGCAUGCAUUUUGAA